GGAGCAGGAAGGUAAGCCCCUGUCUAGUCAUUUGCAGGAAGAAUGACCUGAUUUGGAACUGACCUGCCUCUUUUCUUCUUUCCUUCACCUUCGGCCUUUUCUGAGCAGAAGAUGCUGUGGAAGAGCAGGAAGAGGCAGCAGCAGAAGAAGCUGAUGGUGACACUGAGGCUGAGCCCGAGGAGACCAAUAUAGAAGAUGGACAAGAAGAGGAAGUAAAAGAGGCUGAAGAUGGCCCCAUGGAGGAGUCUAAACCCAAGCCCAGGUUCAUGCCCAACCUGGUGCCACCCAAGAUCCCAGAUGGAGAGAGAGUGGACUUUGAUGACAUCCACCGGAAGCGGAUGGAGAAGGACCUGAAUGAGUUGCAAACAUUGAUCGAGGCCCACUUUGAGAACCGGAAGAAGGAGGAAGAAGAGCUGCUCUCGCUCAAAGACAGGAUCGAGAAACGGCGUGCAGAGCGGGCAGAGCAGCAGCGCAUCCGGAAUGAGAGGGAGAAAGAGCGCCAGACCCGCCUGGCUGAAGAGAGAGCCCGGAGGGAGGAGGAGGAGAACAGGAAGAAGGCUGAGGACGAGGCCCGCAAGAAGAAGGCUCUGUCCAACAUGAUGCAUUUUGGGGGUUACAUCCAGAAGACGGAGCGGAAGAGCGGGAAGAGGCAGACAGAGCGGGAAAAGAAGAAGAAGAUCCUGGCCGAGAGGAGGAAGGUGCUGGCCAUUGACCAUCUGAAUGAAGACCAGCUGAGGGAGAAGGCCAAGGAGCUGUGGCAGAGCAUUUAUAAUCUGGAGGCAGAGAAAUUUGACCUGCAGGAGAAGUUCAAGCAGCAGAAGUAUGAGAUCAAUGUUCUCCGAAACAGGAUCAAUGACAACCAGAAAGUCUCCAAGACCCGCGGGAAGGCCAAGGUCACCGGACGCUGGAAGUAGAGGAGCAGCCUCCCUGAAGGCCAGGCCUCCUUCCCAAGAGCCCCCAGCCCACCCCUGCCUGUGCCCCCUGCCCUGGGCUUUCCAAACACCAGAGGAGGCUCCAGCAGAAGGCCCUGAAGCCCCCACUCCCGCCAGCCCCCACCCCCACACCACACCAGGAAUAAAGUCACCACAUUCCUAA